AUGGACUUGGGCCCAGUGCUGGCCAUCUUCCGACGCCACUGGGACUCGCAGGGUCGCCUGGCCCGGUCGACGCUCCUGCGCCUCCUGGAGGAGCUCUCGGACUUCGAGGUCGAAGCACUGGAUGCCCUCAUCGUUUCCUCCGGGGCUGCCGGCCCGCAGGACCAGCAUGUGGACUGCCACCAGCUGUUGGACUACCUCUGGGGAGAACAGCGGCGCGUUUCGCCCAUCUUCCAUCCAUGGCCCAGCCAAGAGGAGGUAGCUGCGCAGCUACGACGACGAGGCUUCUCCGUCCGGCAGUUGAUCCGCUUCGUGAAGGACCAUCGGAUCUACGAGGGCCGCAGGCUCUCUGAGAUGAGUACAGCGGAGGUGGUGCGGGACAUCGUCAUCCCCAAGACGCGGGGCCGGAGUUGCGCCAUGGUAGAGCUUUUCGAAGGUGGGCCAAAGGAGCCGACCUGCCUCAUGUCCCACUGGUGGGGGAAUUCCUUCAUGUCCCUGGUGGAGGCAGUUCUGGCCCACGCGUCGGGUCAGGUUCUGCCGAGCGAGAGGAUGUGUACCCAGGAGCAGCUGGACAAGACCUACUGGCUUUGCAUCUUCGGCGUCAACCAGCAUGUGUCCAUCUGUGGGACCGAUGCCAACCCGUGCGGCUGCGGCGCCGAGAAGUUCUUGAACGACCAUCCGCUCUGUGAGAUGGACAAGUUUGGGCAGAUGAUGCAACGGAUUCCAGAGCAUGCCGUGGCAGUGGACGACCACCUAUUCUCCUUCAGCAGGCUUUGGGUACUCAAGGAGCUGCAUACGGCCUUGUGUCUGGGGAUGGACAGCGAGUUCUGCGGACGCGUGGCCUCGGACGUCUCUGUGUCGUCCCUCCAGAGCGUCCAGUUUGCCAGCGCUUCGCGAGAGGAGGAUCGCAGAAUGAUUCUGCUGGAGAUUGAGUCCUCGAUUGGCUACGCCGCUUUCGAUUCGGCUAUCUUGGCAAAGGUCAAGUGCGAGAGGGCCAAGUUCGCCAUGGCUGACGCAGUCCUGAGACGACGGCCGGAUGCGGUUCAGGCGCUGCUGAGCGAGGAUCCAGCACUGUGCAAUGCCCAGCUGCGGUGUUUUAGCUCAAAGAGUCCAUUGCACUUUUUGGCGGAGCAGACGCGCUCAGCCACCGAGAGUCAGGACGUGGCACAGCGGCCGGUGAUUUUGGAGAUGCUCCUGCGGGCACGGGCGGACCCCAAUCUGCCAGAUGCGUUGGGACGCACAGCACUGCACGCCAUUUGUCAGUGGAACGGAAGCGCUGCGCUCGCCCGACGCCUGGUCGCGGCCGCUGCAGACGUGGCGGCGAAAGCCACGGCAGGUUCACUGCAAGGGAAGACGCCCGCCGAGCUGCUGAUGUCUGAGGACACUGUCAAGCUGGAGCACGUGAACCGCGGUCUGACGGAGCGUUCCUCCGCGGCGAAGGAGGAGCUUCUGGCUUUCCUCUUGGCUGAGGGGCGGGUGUGA